AUGGACUUUCUUAUGAGCACAUCACUAUCGGAAUCAACUUCCACAUCUGCAGAUUUUUGUGUAGUAUGUGGUGACAAAGCAAUCGGAAAACACUAUGGAGCAGUGGCAUGCAAUGGUUGUAAAGGUUUCUUCCGCAGAAGCGUCUGGCAAAAUCUACAGUACACAUGUCGCUUCAACAAACAGUGCAAUAUAGACAAAGACCACAGGAAUGCUUGCCGAUACUGUCGGUUCCAAAAAUGUCUUGCUGAUGGAAUGAAACCAGAGGCGAUUCAAAAUGAACGGGAUCGCAUUGGAAGCACAAAGAGAAGGAAGCGAAGUGGGCCAAACUCAGAAAACAACUCAGAUUCGGAAGGCACACCAAGCCCGAAAAUUGAAGUGAUGGGAAACUCUGUGUCACGCAAAUUGAUUGAGAUGCUUCUUGACAUUGAACAUCGUUUGGCUAGCAAUCAGAGCAUGAAUGCUCUUCUCAGAGACGAAUCAGAGAUGAAGAACAGCCGACAGCGAGCAGUGAACUAUCUGAUCGGCUGGACCAAUAUGUUACAUCCACUUCCGGAAGUGCCACUUGCAGAUAAGGUCCUGCUUCUCAAGAAAUACUCAUCAGCCUUCACACUUCUAGGCACAAUGCAACGAAGCAUGGCUCUUCCACAUUUCGUUCUUCCAAAUGAUCAAGUGUUGAGCAUCUCGGCAUCCCACUCACCAGAACUCUUCGAGGCGCUCAACAGAAUCAUCGAUGAGCUUUUGACACCACUCCGCCGACUUCGCACAGAUCAUGCUGAAUUCAGUUGUCUGAAAGCGCUAUUGUUGCUGAAUCCAGACGUCGUCGGAAUUUCGAAUACAACACGGGAACGUAUCAGAGAGGCGCGUGAUGCGUUGCUCAAGGCCCUCUUCGCGUACAUGAGCAAUACACAAAACUCGAUUGAGGCAUCACUCCGUGUAUCUUCUCUUCUUAUGAUCAUCCCAUCCCUCAUCUCGGUCAGCACCAAUAUCAUGGAGUUCCCAGCACUCAGUGAUCUAUUCGGUCUUGGAGAUGUUAUCAAGAGAGAUUCGAGUAGCCCAAUAAUUGAGAGUCCAACGCAUAAAAUGCAACCGACAGUGACAUCUGCUUCCCCAAUGCAACCAAAUCUAAUCAUGAGCAAGGACAUCCUCUCCCAGAUAAUGAACAAUCCACAAUUGUUUCCCCUUCUACCCAUGCCACAAAACGCGUCUCCACCAAUGAGCUACAUGGGACAAUCGGAAUUCGGAUCUCACCUACAGCCGAUGCCCAUGAAAGUCCUUCUGUCUUAG